CAUAUUUCCAAUUGUCAGUGAAGGCCGCAUUAGUUGAUCCUGUUGAGACACGCCUCGGCUGCUGCAGUGGUGGGACAUUCUUGUGGCAUUUUAAAGUUUGUAAAACUCAUCUCCAAAAUGGGUACGGUAGCCUUUAUCUCUAUUCUGAUAGCUGCCUUAGCUUUGGUGCUCGGACAGAGAAUCCUAAACUUAAGAAAAAGGACCUUAGCUUCAAGGGAGUUGGUCCAAAAGCACCUUCCCAACUGUGUUUUACUAAAAAAUAUGGAUCAUGGCUCAGAGGAUAUAACCAUCACUGAGGAUGGGCUGGCGUUUAUCAGCAGUGGCCUGAAGUAUCCUGGACUUCAUUCCUCAGAUAGGCCUGGAAAGAUCCUCUUACUUGAUAUGACUGAUCCUCGGAUGAAACCGGUGGAGCUGCGCAUGCCAAGAAACUUUGAUCUGGAAUCAUUCAACCCUCAUGGCAUCAGUUUAUACACCGAUCCUAGUGAUGACGCAAUAUACCUAUUUGUCGUUAAUCAUCCUCAACAAAAAAGCCAAGUAGAACUGUUCAACUUUGUCCAGGAUGACUACUCGCUGGUGCAUCUGAAAACCAUAAAACAUGAACUUCUCCACAGUGUUAACGAUAUUGUUGCGACGGGAGUGGAAAGCUUCUAUGCAACCAAUGAUCACUACUUUUCCAAUGAAUACCUAAAGGCUUUGGUGGAGACUCUUCUCCUUCAGCCCUGGACUAAUGUUGUGUACUACAGUCCUGAGGAAGUGAAAGUGGUCUCUGAGGGAUAUUACUUUGCAAAUGGCAUUAAUAUCUCACCAGACAAAAGGCAUGUAUAUGUAGUAGAUCUAUUUGACCAAAAUGUGCAUGUGUUGGAGCGGAAAGAACACAAUGUAUUGGUCCAAGUGAAGGCUGUGGCUGUAAGUUCACUUUGUGACAACGUAGAAGUGGACGCUGUAACUGGUGACCUGUGGUUAGGCUGUCAUCCUAAUGCAAUGAAAGCUCUGAUGUUUGACCCAACGAACCCGCCUGGAUCGGAGGUCAUUAAAAUCAAGAACAUUCAUUCAGAUCAGCCGGUGGUGACUCAGGUGUACGAGGACGACGGCAAUGUGAUCAUGGCCUCCUCUGUAGCAGCUACCUAUGGAAAAAAGGUUCUCAUUGGAACUAUUUUCCAUAAAGCCUUAUGCUGUGAUUUGGAGUAGGCCGAAGAUCCACUUGAAGGAGCCAAGAUAUAUUCAUUCAACAGACUCACAAAGGCAGUGUAUGUUACUGAAUGCUUUUUUAAAAUUGUUUUGUAUGAAGUGUGUAUUUGAAUAAAGAGAUAAUAAUACAAUCCAUAAA